UCCCUUUCUCUCUUUCCCCUCCCACCGCCCUGUGCGCGCGGCCGGCCAUGGAUCUGCUCCCGCCGGCGACGGAGCCGCCGGCCGGGGGGCCAGGCGGAGGCGGCGCCGGAGGCGGGGGCGCGGGCGCGGCGGGGAGGCGGCUGCGGAGGGGCGUCGGGUUCCGGUCGCUGAAGCUGGUUAGCGUCUCCAUGGACGAGCCUCUCCCGGCGGAGCCCGUCGGCGUCGCGUACGGCCGCCUCGCCAACGGGCUCACCUACUACGUCCGCUCCAACCCCAAGCCCCGCAUGCGCGCCGCCCUCUCCCUCGCCGUCAAGGUCGGGUCGGUGGUGGAGGAGGAGGACGAGCGCGGGGUGGCGCAUAUCGUCGAGCACCUUGCCUUCAGCGCCACGUCGCGCUACACCAACCACGAUAUCGUCAAGUUCCUCGAGAGCAUCGGGGCUGAGUUCGGCGCCUGCCAGAACGCGCUCACCUCCUCGGACGAGACCAUCUACGAGCUGCUUGUCCCCGUCGACAAACCCGGACUGCUCUCACAAGCCAUCUCAGUACUUGCCGAGUUCAGCUCCGAGGUUCGGGUGUCGGCAGAGGAUUUGGAGAAAGAGAGGGGUGCUGUACUGGAGGAGUACAGGGGUGGACGAAAUGCCACUGGGCGGAUGCAGGACUCCCAUUGGGCAUUGUUGUUCGAGGGUUCCAAGUAUGCAGAACGCCUGCCUAUAGGUACUGAAAAGGUGAUACGGACUGUUCCACACGAGACUGUUAGGCAGUUCUAUCAUAAGUGGUACCAUCUAAGCAACAUGGCUGUCUUUGCUGUAGGGGAUUUCCCAGAUACACAGGCUGUUGUUGAAAUGAUAAAGGAACACUUUGGCCAGAAAAUCCCAGCUUCAUGUCCUCCACCAGCUAUACCAGACUUUCCAGUACCAUCACAUAUUGAACCUCGAUUUUCAUGUUUUGUGGAAUCUGAAGCUGCAGGGUCAGCUGUUGUUGUUAGCUGCAAGAUGCCUGCUGAUAGAAUUAAAACGGUGAACGAUUAUCGGGAUUCCCUGGCAGAGUCAAUGUUUCAUUGGGCUUUGAACCAAAGGUUCUUCAAAAUAUCUCGUAGGAAUGAUCCUCCGUACUUUUCUUGCUCUUCUGCUGCAGAAGCUCUAGUGCGACCAGUGAAGGCAUAUAUUAUGACAUCCAGUUGUCGUGAAAGGGGAACAGUCGAGGCUCUUGAGUCUAUGCUGCUUGAGGUUGCUAGGGUUCGGCUCCAUGGAUUUUCUGAUCGUGAGAUAUCCAUUGCACGGGCUUUAAUGAUGUCAGACAUUGAGUCUGCAUACUUGGAACGUGAUCAGAUGCAGUCAACAACCCUUCGGGAUGAAUUCUUGCAGCAUUUUCUUCAUGAAGAUCCUGUUGUCGGGAUUGAAUACGAAGCACAGUUGCAGAAGACUCUUCUUCCCCAUAUUUCUUCUGCCGAAGUGGUAAAGUUUGCAGCAAACUUUUCAACAACAAGCAGCUGCGUUAUCAAGGUAGUUGAGCCUCGAGCUCAUGCUUCUUUGGAGGAUUUGAAAGCAAUCGUAUUGAAAAUCAAUACUCUUGAAAAAGACAAUGCUAUUCCUCCAUGGGAUGAAGAGCAAAUCCCAGAAGAAAUUGUCAGCCAAAGUCCAGAGCCAGGGAGUAUUCUUGAUAAAGUGGAGCACCCAGGAAUUGGUGCUACAGAGAUGAUACUUUCAAAUGGCAUGCGAAUUUGCUACAAGUGUACUGACUUCCUUGAUGAUCAGGUUGUUUUUACUGGGUUUGCUUAUGGCGGUCUGUCUGAAUUGUCUGAAGAUGAAUAUACCUCAUGUUCAAUGGGUUCAACAAUAGCAGGAGAGAUUGGCAUUUUUGGCUACAGACCAUCUGUCCUGAUGGACAUGCUUGCUGGCAAGAGAGCUGAAGUUGGUACAAAAGUUGGGGCAUACAUGAGAUCAUUUUCUGGGGACUGCUCACCUUCAGAUCUUGAAACUGCUUUGCAGCUUGUCUACCAACUAUUUGCCACAAAGGUGGAGCCAAGAGAGGAAGAAGUAAAAAUAGUAAUGCAAAUGGCAGAGGAAGCUAUCUAUGCUCAAGAAAGAGACCCGUACACUGCAUUUGCAAAUCGUGCGCGGGAGAUAAAUUAUGGGAAUUCAUACUUCUUUAAGCCAAUUAAAAUAAGCGACUUGAAGAAGGUGGAUCCAAUAAGAGCAUGUGAAUAUUUCAACAAUUGCUUCAAGGAUCCAUCAUCUUUUACUGUUGUAAUAGUUGGAAACAUAGACCCAUCUAUCUCAGUUCCACUGAUUUUGCAGUACUUGGGUGGAAUACCAAAUGUAAGGGAUGCAGUGCAGCCACUUACUCGUGAUGAUCUAAAAGGUCUGCCCUUCAAGUUUCCGGAGACUAUUAUUAGAGAAGUUGUUCGCAGCCCUAUGGUUGAAGCCCAAUGCUUUGUGCAACUAGGAUUUCCUGUGGUUUUAAAGAGUGCAGCAAUGACAGAGGACAUUCACUAUGUUGGGUUUCUAAUUAAACUUCUGGAAACAAGAAUCAUGCAAGUGCUCCGUUUCAAAUAUGGGCAGAUUUACUCAGUCAAUGUAGGUGUCUUUUUAGGUGGCAACAAACCUUCAAGAAGUGGCGAUGUUCGUGGAGACAUAAGUGUGAAUUUUUCGUGUGAUCCAGACAUGUCAUCUAAACUUGUUGGCUUUGUGCUGGAAGAGAUAUCGUAUCUACAGAAUGAAGGCCCUUCUGAAGAAGAUGUAUUAACUAUCCUUGAAAUUGAACAAAGAGCUCAUGAAAAUGGACUACAGGAAAAUUACUACUGGCUGGAUCGAAUUCUGCGGAGCUAUCAAUCAAGGGUUUAUUCUGGAGAUGUCGGAUCCACCUUUGAGAUUCAAGAUGAGGGGCGUCUAAAGGUUAGAGACGCUUUGACACCAGAAGCGAUGCAGUUGGCCUUGCAAAGAGUUGUGCCUUUCCCUUGUAGGAAACAGUUCACUGUUGUUAUUCUUAUGCCGAAGUCAUCCUGCUGGGAUUCGUUCAAGACACUGCUUACUUGGAGCUCUGGUGGGUUUAGCAGAGAUGCCAAGAUUUUGGCUGGCAUGGCUGGCGCAGUAGUCUUAGCGGUCACUUUGUGGAGAUAUUCACGUAGCGCAUUGAGAUCGUAGCAGGUAACACGGCCUGUUACACUUGACUGUUUUAGUAAAGAUCCAAAAAAAUGGAUCUACGGAGACAAUCAUCUGCUUUGCUCUGGGGUUUUGGUGAUUGUUUGUCACAGGAGAAAGUAUACGGCAAUCGGUAACUACUAACAGAUUCAUUUGCUCGCAUGCAAAGUGCUAAGCCUGUAACAACAUUUGUGAUUCUUUUAUUGCCGCAUGCGUGCCUGUAACAGACGCUGAUGUAUAUUGGCACCUCCCACCAUUUCAUUUGAUUCUCUAGACUGAAUGAAUUAAUGAAAGUAGGAAAACAA